AGAGAACAGGGAAACCGCAAACCAAAGGAAAAGAAUAUAAGGAGAAAGAGGAGCGACGACGUUACAUUUCUCGAAUUCACGGAGCAAUUUCGCAAAACCCUUUCUCUCUCUCUCUCGCUCUCUAGGAGGGGAACUUCGCCGCCGCGUUCUCGCCGUCCAUGGAGCUCCUCCGAUCCAAUUUGUCUCGGGUUCGGAUCCCCGAACCCACUAAUCGCAUCUACAAGCACGAGUGUUGCGUCACCUUCGAUACUCCGAGAUCUGAAGGAGGGUUGUUUGUAGACAUGAACAGCUUUCUUGCUUUUGGGAGGGAUUGCGUUACUUGGAACUAUGAGAAGACGGGUAAUCCCGUGUACCUGCAUAUAAAGCAGACUCCAAAGUUGGUCUCUGAGGAUCGGCCUUUGAAGAAACCGACUUUACUGGCCAUAGGAGUUGAAGGAGGUUUUGACAGUGGUGAGCCUGAGUAUGAGGAUUCUUACAGCAUAGUUGUACUUCCUGAUUUUGUGUCACUCCCAUUUCCAUCGGUUGAACUACCAGAGAAGGUGAGAUUGGCCGUUGACACUGUAUUGCGCUCUGAAGGUGCUGAACGGAAAGAGCAACUUGCAGCUUGGACAGCUGACAAAAAGCAAGUUAGCGAAUACACAUUAAAACUGCAGCAGGUCAACAAUGGUGUUGUUAUUCCUCCCUCUGGUUGGAAAUGUGCUAAAUGUGACAAGAGGGACAACCUCUGGCUUAAUCUUACCGAUGGAAUGAUUCUUUGCGGAAGGAGAAACUGGGAUGGAAGUGGUGGAAACAACCAUGCUAUUGAUCAUUACAAAGAGACAGGGUACCCACUUGCUGUAAAGCUUGGAACAAUCACAGCUGACUUAGAAGCAGCAGAUGUUUUUUCCUAUCCAGAAGAUGAAAGCGUGUUGGACCCGCUUCUAGCGCAACAUCUGGCCUUUUUUGGGAUUGAUUUUUCGUCAAUGCAGAAGACAGAAAUGACAACAGCGGAGAGAGAGCUUGAUCAGAAUACCAAUUUUGAUUGGAACCGUAUACAAGAGAGUGGAAAGGAUUUGGAGCCAGUUUUUGGUCCUGGCUAUACUGGACUUGUCAAUCUUGGAAACAGCUGCUAUUUGGCAGCUACAAUGCAAGUUGUCUUCUCUACCUGUUCGUUCAAUUCAAGAUACUUUUCAGACCAGAGCUUAAAAGAGGCGUUUGAGAAGGCGCCUGCUGAUCCAACUGUGGAUCUUAAUAUGCAAUUAACAAAGCUGGGAUACGGUUUACUAUCCGGAAAGUACUCUAUUCCAGCACAAGAGAAGGAUGCUGCAACUGGAGAUGCUAAACAGGAAGGCAUACCUCCUCAAAUGUUCAAAUCAGUUAUUGCUGCUAGCCAUCCUGAAUUCUCUUCAAUGAGACAACAGGACGCUCUCGAGUUUUUCCUACAUUUGCUCGACCAGGUUGAGCGUGCCAACAACGUCAUUCCUGAAUUAGAUCCUUCAAGAAGUUUUAAGUUUGGAGUAGAAGACAGAAUCCUUUGCCCCUCUGGAAAGGUCUUAUAUAAUAGGAGGCAUGACUACAUUCUCUCUCUGACUAUUCCCCUGCAUGAGGCAACUAAUAAAGACGAACUAGAAGCCUUCAAAAAUCGGAAAGCAGCAAAAGGAUUAGAGGGGAAUGAUAUGUCGAGCGAGGAAGUUGUACGUCCACGAGUACCUUUGGAAGCUUGUCUAGCCACUUUCUCAUCACCAGAAGAGAUUCAUGAAUUUUAUAGCACUUCCUUGAAGACCAAGACAACAGCUAUCAAGACCACUGGCUUUACAUCUUUCCCUGAUUAUUUGGUCUUGCAUAUGCGAAAGUUUGUUAUGGAGGAAGGCUGGGUCCCAAAGAAACUCGAUGUCUAUAUUGAUGUUCCUGAUAUCAUUGAUAUCAGUCACAUGCGAAGCAAGGGGCUUCAACCUGGAGAAGAACUGUUACCAGAUGAUGUCAAGUCUAUUGUCAAUGGAGUUACUCAUUUCUGCUGCACAGUUCCUGAAGAAGAGAUGGCAUCAGUGAAGCCUGUGGCAAACGAGGAGAUAGUUGCACAGCUUGUCUCGAUGGGAUUUAACCACCUUCAAUGCGAGAAAGCUGCCAUAAAUACUUCAAAUGUAGGGGUCGAGGAGGCAAUGAACUGGUUACUUUCUCACAUGGAUGAUCCAGAUAUAGAUGCUCCCAUCUCCCAAGGCACGUCUGCCGUUGAUGAGUCAAAAGUUGCUACCUUAGUCUCAUUUGGGUUCUCGGAAGAGGUUGCUCAAAAGGCACUGAAGGCUUCGGGAGGCGAUGUCGAGAGAGCAACAGAUUGGAUAUUCAACAAUCCAAAUGCUUCUGUUUCUGAUAUGGACGUUACAUCAAACAACACUGCACCUACUCCCACUGAUAGUGCAUUACCUGAUGGAGGAGGAAAAUACAGGCUAUUCGGGAUAAUAAGCCACAUGGGAACAUCAACUCAUUGCGGACACUACGUUGCUCACAUACUAAAAGACAAACGAUGGGUUAUUUUCAACGAUAACAAAGUCGGUAUCUCGACCAAUCCUCCGAAAGACAUGGGCUAUCUCUACUUCUUCCAGAGGCUUCAAGAUUGAAAAAAAAGGGCCUCAAAAGGUACAAAAAUGAAGGUGAGUGAACUCAAAAUCUGAAGCAUAGAAGCAGACAGUCUAAAUGAGUCUUUAUUAGAAAUCAGGGUUUAGGGCUUUUAUUGGACUUUGCGUGGUGUUUUUUGCAGCUUAGUGACUCCAAAGUGAAACCCUAAGUGAUCAGUGUACUUGUGAAUUGGUCCUCAAGCUGCCUUUUUUAAGGACCCAUUUUGUUGAAUUGCUCUGCUCUUUCCAAAGUUUUAAAUCCUUUGAAAUUCAAAGCUCAUUUGCUUCAUCA